UUUUUUAAUUAUAUUGAGAUGUCCGCUUAGGGGCGUGGAUUAGCAUUUUAGGAUGCAGUCAUUUGGAGCAGAUUAGCGAAGUAGGCGUCGAUCAAUCAAAUUCAUUCUCUUGCGGGAAAGUUAUAUUUGCCGUGGGUAGACUAAAUUUUGAUUUAUUGAAGUCUACUAUGCUAAUCUGACCCUUGUGACUGAAUCCUUAUCGUACGUUCAGUAAUACCAUUUUUCGCCACUGUGUCUAAAAGUUACUCUGAUUGGUGGAGACUGGAUACAAAGCUUAUGGGUUGGUUUACAUUGUCUCCAAUUGCCAUUUGUCAUAAUUCUCGUUAACUACCGCACCCUGCUCUAGUAAAAAUUUAGUGAAAGCUACUAUAAAGUUACUACAUUUUUACUAGAGCAGGGUGCGGUUGUUGACAAGAAUUAUCACAAAUGGCGAGUAGGGACAAUGUCAACCUUCCAAUUUUCAAAAUUAACGAUGUAAAGAAAGUAUUGUAGAACAGCCUUAACAAAUUUUAGCUGAGUCUAACAGCUAUAUAUGAAUCCGAGUGCAUCUUAAAUAUAAAUAACCACACCUUAUGAUAAAUGGAUUUUAUAUAAAUUAUUACUGAUUUCUUUCUGAAUGGAAAAAUGAUUUUUAAAGCGUGCAGAAGGAAUAGCGGAAAAAUCAAUUAAGGAAGCGUGAUGGUCUCAUAACCUAAAAUCAAUGGUUGAUAAUUUGAGGAAAAUUUGCCACAUUCUUUAAUACCAUCGGAAUACAGCUUGAUCCGGUUUAAUACGAAUGAGAUGGAGUCCUUGAGGGAAGAGUCUGCUGAGGAGGGUGUGCCGUCUGGAGGUUUGGAACGACCUGGUCACAGUGUAAAUGAAAUCCCUAAUCCUGCGGUCAUGAGUUGCGUUAUGGAUGCGGAUAUAGAUCUUUUGACGGGGAAUAAUAUUCAAUCAGCGGAGAAUGACACUAAUUCUUUCCUUCCUUCCCCAAUUAGACCCUCAAUUAAUCCUAAGAAAAGGAACAUAUCCGUUAGGAAUAACAAUGAAUCAGUGGCAACGGGCUCUUCAGAUGGUUCAUUUGGUCAUAUUACAAAAAAACUCCUAAUUCCUGAAAAAAAUUCUUAUCGAGAAAUACGGGCCGAUCGACAACCACAUUCCGCGGAUAUUGGUCCCGAAAAUGCAAGCAAUCAAUCUCAGUUUGAGGAUGUAAUUUGGGAUCAACACGAUCUUGAAUGGAAUAAUAGUAUUCUUCCUCCACUCUAUUCCGCUUCUAGCCCUCCCCCAUUUAUUGUUUUAAUGGAGAGCACCAUUAGAGGCAAAAAUAUUGGAAAACUGGACCCGAUAUGUGUAAUUGAUCUAAUAUCGCCUAUUAUUGAGGGGGGAAAACAAAUAACACGUAAUGGGAAAAAUCAAAUAAAAAUUGAUUGCGCAAAAUGGCAAGAUGCUAACACCUUAGUUGGUGCCAAAGAACUAAUAUUGGCGGGAUAUGUUCUCUUCAUCCCAGAUUCCUUUUUGAGAAAAAAGGGAUUCACAAGAUGGUUCCCCACUAACAGAUCAGUCAGGGAUAUAGUCAGGGUAUGUCGUGAAGGAGACUUGGAUAAUAUAGCUAGUAUUCGUCGUAUUAUUGAUGAUAGGAACACAAUUCUAGAAAAGAUAGAAUUUACUUUCAAUUCACCUAUCGUUCCACGUAACAUUGUACUAGGUGAUUUUGUUAUCCCAAUAACUCCUUCCUUACAGAGACCUCGGAGAUGCUUCCGUUGUCAGCGUUACUGCCAUGUGGCUAAUCAAUGUCGUUCGACUUACCCGACGUGUGAAUUUUGUUCUGGAAGGCAUUUGACAGACCUUUGUCCGAAUGGUCACUUGCAACCAAAAUGUAAAAAUUGCAAGGGUUCCCAUGUGGCCUCUUCAUCGGAGUGCCCUGUAUUUAAAUUUGAAUUUGGCAUUUUAAAAUAUCGUUAUAUCCAUAAUUGUAAUAGAGAGGAGGCUAAACUUCUGUUUUAUGCGGAAAAUCCUGAUUUAUUAAAUAACAUUGAAACUAGGGGUGAAACACCUCUGCCUUUGCCGGUGAUUCGUCAGGGUAUGACAUCAACCCAACCAACUAGGUCUUCCACACCUAUUGACCUUCAAGAUAAGGUAAAUAAUCCCAUUCCUGAUCCGGUUUUGGAAAUUUCGAAUGCGCUGAAUCAGCAUCAACUGUCUGAAAAAAUAUCGGCUGUAAACACACUUAUAAAUAUCAAUCAGUCUCGCUCAAACUUGAUUAACUCAAUAAAUGAGAAUCUCUCUACAAAAUGAACACUUAGAAGAGUUCAAUUUUUUUAUUUACUAAGAGAUUUAAUAGUUCUAUUUUUGUUAGUUUUAAGUCGUUAUAGUUAUUGGUAUUGAUUGGGCUUAGAGGUUGGCUAAGGGAAAAGAAAGAAAGAAGAAAAAAGGGAAGGGAAGGGGGGAAAAAAAAAAAAAAAAAAAGAGAAAAGGAAUAAUGAGGGGUAAGGGAUGGCCCUGUUUUAAUAUUUCUAUAUUUUAAUUCUCACUGUGUUUCAUAAUUUGAGUCUGACUGCUCAAAUAUAAAAUCGAUUAAAAUAAUUGGAGUGUUAUUGUUUUGUGUACUAUAAAUGGUUACGGGUUGUAAAACAC